AGUCCCAUAUACAGUUAGUCACCUUCCAACCGUAUUGAGAUACGGCGGUUCGUUUAACUGAGCAAGUCCAAAAGCUCCGAUCUUUACUUUAGUGAGUUUCAUGUGCGGUAUCGUGGUCUUCGUCCCUCUCGUCGAAAAUUAUAUUAUAUGGGACAAUAUUUGAGAUUUUUUUCACUAAUACUUUCUCAAUUUGGCGGUUAUAUGUGAUCAUUCAAGCUCCAGAAGUGCAACUCUCUAAAGAUAUUCUGAAAAAAUGACUGACAACUUGCAAUUUCGACAUACAAUUGGAGAUAUAACAACAUUUAUUUGUCGAGAUGCGGUAAACAUUGUGCCAGAAAAAAUAUUGUGUGAUGUUUAACGUUUAACUAAUUAGAAAAAAACGCAGAGAAAAUGGAAGACGAUGAUAUUUCCGUCCGGGUUGCCGUCAGGAUUCGGCCCCAAACUUCACGUGAAAUUAUCGACAUGUGCCAAAUGUGUACUGCCGUAACACCAGGGGAGCCCCAGGUUACACUUGGCAAUGAUAAAGCCUUCACUUAUAAUUACGUUUUUGAUACGGAAUCGCAUCAGGAAGACAUUUAUGAGAGUUGCGUGGGAUCUUUAAUCGAGUCGUCACUUGAAGGGUAUAAUGCCACUGUUCUUGCUUAUGGACAAACGGGGUCUGGGAAAACCUACACUAUGGGUACAGGGUUUGAUGUUGAACUGCCAAAUGAACAGAAAGGUAUAAUUCCAAGAGCCAUACACCAUCUCUUUGAUGGGAUUCAGUCUCGAAUAGACAGGGCUCAUGAAGAUGGUAUACUCGCACCUGAAUUCAAAGUUACAGUACAAUUUAUGGAAUUGUAUAACGAGGAAGUUAUUGAUUUAUUUAACCCAUCCUAUACAAAAGAAAAAGUUUACAAAAUACACGAAGAUCCUUAUGGAGGGAUUCAAGUCAAAGGCGUUACAUUCAAGACAGUUCAAUCCGCUGAGGAAGCCCUACAAUGCUUGCGAUUAGGAGCGUUAUCUCGAACAACUGCUAGUACUCAGAUGAACACGCAGUCUUCAAGAUCGCAUGCAAUAUUCACACUGCACAUUAGGCAGCAAAAGUUGGUAGUGCCUGAUGAUGAAAAUGUAAUUUCCAAUGAGUUUGAAACGCUUAGUGCCAAGUUCCACUUUGUGGAUUUGGCUGGUUCGGAGAGACUGAAAAGAACUGGUGCCACUGGUGAAAGACAGAAAGAAGGAAUAUCUAUUAACUGUGGCUUACUUGCUUUAGGAAAUGUUAUCUCAGCUUUAGGUGACAAAGCCAAAAGAGCUUUACACGUGCCGUAUAGAGAUUCCAAGCUUACACGGCUGUUACAAGAUAGUUUAGGUGGAAAUAGUCAAACUGUGAUGAUAGCUUGCGUUAGUCCCAGUGAUAGAGAUUUUAUGGAAACUCUUAACACGCUGAAAUACGCUAACCGAGCGCGUAACAUUAAGAAUAAGAUAUUCAUUAAUCAGGAUAAGAGUUCGAAGACCAUAUGCCAGCUGCGGCAACAGAUUGCCCAGCUUCAAUUAGAAUUAGUCGAAUAUAAACAAGGAAAAAGAAUGGUCGGAGAAGAUGGAACUGAAACAAUUAACGAUAUGUUUUAUGAAAACAAUAUGCUCCAAGGAGAGAUAAAUAACUUACGAACCAGAGUAAAAGCAAUGCAAGAAACAAUAGAUGCAUUAACUUUAAAAAAUACUAAUUUAUUGGCUGAAAAAGCCAUGGGUGGAUGGAUUAGCAGCGGUAAUAAUAGCGAAGUGGCAGAUAUGGUUCAAGCCUACCUCAAAGAGAUAGAAGAGCUUCGAGCUAAGCUAAUAGAAUCUAACAACACUUGUGAACAACUCAGAAAGCAAUUGAGUCGUUCGCAAAGUCCUCACCGACAAAGUCUGCUAUUCAGCUCUAGUCUUAUUGGUGAUAAUACUUCUUUGAUUGAAGAGGCAAAGAGAAACUUGCAACGAGAAAAGGAAGUGUUGAAUCGCAGAUCCAUAGAGAUAGAGCAGGAUAGUGAGGGCGAUAGCGAACACGAAUCUACUAGUGAUAACGAGGAAGUAAACACAGAACUUAACGAAGAACUAAUGACACUUACUAACGAUAUUGAUAUGAAGCAGAAACUAAUUGAUGAACUAGAAUUGUCCCAGAGAAGAAUGCAAACCAUGAGACAACAUUAUGAAGACAAACUAAUGCAGCUUCAGCUUCGUAUUCAGAACACACAAGAAGAGCGAGAUAAGGUACUACACAAAUACGGCAACCAUCCAGAGCCGCCAGAUAAAGUAAAAAAAGUUAAAGAGGACUACACACGAAAAAUCAGCGAUAUGCAGAGGGAACUAAAACGACUUCAAGCUGCUCAAAAAGAGCAUGCACGACUGGUUAGAAAUCGUAGCCAAUAUGAACAGCAGUUGAAAAAUUACAAGGAAGAUCUGUUGGAAAUGAAACGAGCCAAAGUUAGAUUAAUAAAUAAAAUGAAAGAGGAAGCACAGAAACACAAGGAGUCAGAGCUAAAACGUGAAAGGGAAAUCGCCAAGCUGAAAAAGGAAUCUAGAAAAAAUGCCAAUGUUAUUAAAACGAUGGAAAAUGAAAGGCGAAUUAAAGAUCAGGUCUUAAAAAGGAAACAGGAGGAAGUGUCGGUUCUAAGGAAGAGCCAAAGAGGACGAUUGAGCCUUAAAGCUGCUGGAAAGCUCUCAUCCAAAGCAUUUUCGGAGAGAACAGCUAAGCAGAAGUGGUUACAAAUGGAAAAGUCGGUCAACAACAUCGCUUUAAAUCGACGAGGUUUAGUGGAGCAGGAAGUUCGAAUGGAACAUUUUCUGGAAAAACGCGAGGCACUGGGAAAAGAAUUAGAUGUUCUAGAAGAAAGACGUAAACAAGCUGUGGCUAAAAAUCAAGACCUUACUCAAUUGGAUAGUUACAUUGAAGACAUCAAAGAAAACAUAAACUAUGUCCAAGAGAUAAUCAGCGAAACUCAACAUAAUGUUAUAGAUAUUGAGAAAACUUUAGAUCCUGCUGACACAGCAGGCUUGGAUUUAAUUAUAGCAUCUGUUUACGAUAUAGAUGAAGCAAAAUAUAUCAUUCAAAAAUUAUACAAUAUGACCCUGGCCCAGAGUCAUGGUGUCGCUCAGCGCGAUGCUAAACUCAGGGAAAAUGAAGCGAACUUAGUAGAGUUGCAACAAGAGGCAAAUGUUAAAGGUCAACUUUUAGACCACUUACUCCACAACGAAAUCCCGAUAUUCUCUAAAGAGUUAGUUACCAGUGUUUCUAGUAACACUAAUGAUACUACUAGCUCAAAUAAUUCAUCCAGGUCUUCUUCUCCAACUCAUCCAGACACUCAUUUGCAAGUUCCUGAACAACAUGUUCCACAAACCAGAUCAAAAGUGAGACGGCGAACGGCUCAUCCCAACGAAAUGUUGUUCGGAUUAAAUGCUGGUUCAAAUAUGACCCAAUCACACGAUGCGCAUAGUAUGUUUAGACUGGAUUGUAGUUUACAGCGAGUCCCUAGUGUGCCGGGAAGCCUAAAAUUGAAUUCCUGAUGACCCACCAAGUGCGUAUCUAUCGGGAAAACGAUGAGGCGAACAGGCCGCGUAGUGAAAUUAGAGACGUAUUUUCUUGUAAUAGUAUUAAUAAGUUUCAAUUUUACAUACCGUCUACCAAUAAUGGUUUUACAUUGUUAAAGUUAAUCGUUUUAUUGUCAUUUUUAUUAUUAUUAUUAAUGUUGUUAAUUAUUUUAUGACAUAAAAUUAAAUUAACUAUUGAUCAGAAUAUUUAUAAAAGCAUAGAAACUAAUGUUUUAGAAAAAAUGUUUUAUUUCCGGUGCCCUUAUUUCGUUAUUCAUUAUUGAACUUAUUCUACAAUUAUUAUCUACAAAACGUAAAAUGCAAAAUUAAAUAAAAAUGAAAACAC